AGUCCAGUGGGCACCAUGAGGAGAGCGGGAGAACAAAUGGGUCUCUUCUUCCUGUUCUGCCUGAUUAUCGCAACCUGUCGAGGGGCACAGGAAUCCUCCUGCCCAGAGUUGAAGGAGCUGGGCCUGGAUGGCAAUGAGACAAUAGCCAUUGUGCGGGGGAGUCAAGGCUUGCCAGGACCACAAGGGCCACGGGGCCCCCCUGGCGUUCCAGGGCCCAAAGGCAAGAAAGGCAACCCAGGAGCAAUUGAUGAGAAGAAGCUGGAGGCUCUUCAAUGCAAGCGAGGUGCCCCAAACUGCAAAGAGCUCUUGAAAAGAGGGACGAUUCUGAGCGGCUGGUACACCAUCUACCCCCAGGACUGCCAGCCCCUGCAGGUGCUGUGCGACAUGGACACUGAUGGAGGCGGAUGGAUUGUCUUCCAAAGGAGGUCGGAUGGCUCGGUCGACUUUUUCCGCAAUUGGGCUGCCUACAAGAGGGGAUUUGGAAACCAGCUGACUGAAUUCUGGUUGGGGAAUGACAACAUUCACCACUUGAGCUCACUGGGAAAGAAUGAAUUGCGUGUCGACCUGAUUGAAUUCGACAACAAGCAAUCCUUUGCCAAAUAUGCGUCCUUCCAGGUGGCGGCAGAAUCUGACUGGUAUCGGCUUACUCUGGGCGCCUUCAUGGGCGGCUCUGCAGGUGACUCCCUGUCCUUCCACAACAACAUGCCCUUCUCCACCCGAGAUAAACAGCAGGACCCCCAGAAGUUCAACUGCGCUGAGAAGGGCCAAGGGGCCUGGUGGUACCAUGAAUGCCACCACUCCAACCUCAAUGGGAGAUACUGGCUGGGAGAACACAAGACUCGCGGGGACGGCAUCAACUGGGGUACUGGGAAAGGCCAGUACUACUCCUACAAGCGCUCCGAAAUGAAAAUCCGGCCUGUGUCUUAGGUGGCUCUUUCAGCUGACGGGCCUUUUUCUUUCUGAGGGUUUCCAAAGGGCAUCUAGUCCAUCCCCUCUGCAUUUGAUUUGCUGCUUUGAGACAGAGCUUGCAUUUUACAAAAUUUACAUGAUUAAAUGGUCUUUAAAUA